UCUUCCCACAUUGUUUGUUUGCUUUACCGCUAUGAAGCGCGUAUAGUUUCAGUCACUCAUUACACACACUCCUUUUCACAAUGGCAUCUGGCAUGCCGCUUCCACGUCCUCCCCGAACGCCCACCCCGCCUCCUGAAGACGACCACAGCCCCAUAGGCCUUGGAAUCGAGCAGCAAUUCUCUCCAGCGAAGCUGGGCUACAACCCAGAUGCACUCUCGCCGCUAUCUGCUACAUUCCCCCCAGACCGCUUCGGCACUCUGGGGGGCCCGAAUACCUCGACGUCCCAAAGACCCACCCCGAAUUCCUUGUACAGCCCAGCCAGCUCGACAUUCCCGUACAGCCCGAUGAGUGCUGUGAGUGGGAAUAGUGAGGAGAAAACGCCAUCGAUGAGCGGGUCGGACAAUGCGCGGAAUCCAUUCAACUUUCAGCCUAUGUCGUACGUUGCGGGUAAAAAUGCCGCUGCCAACAAACAAGAACUUGGACGGCGUCGAGGUCACAAAUACAAGCACAGUAGCGUGUCACAUCAGAUAUUCCUCGAGCCUCCGCCACGGGCCCCACUCCAACUACCCGCAUCCCUCCCGAUUCCCACCUUCAAGGAAUACAGAUCAAGCAUGUCGAGAGAACAAAAGUUGAGAUUCAUAUGGUGCUUCUGCCAUCUUUUCGUGGCGGGCUUCGUCCAGUGGAGUGCACAUGAGUCCCUAGCCCUAACAGUCUUAUCAAGAUUACUGUGCUAUGAUGCCUUAGGGGCCUUUCUCUGUGUUGCAGUGGAUGUAGGCGGAAACUUCGAGGUCUGGAAACGAUCUAGCAUACGGCAUCCCUUUGGCUUCGAGCGCUCCGAGGUCGUGGCUGGCCUCGGCAUGUCGGUAGGACUCCUAUUUAUGGGCCUGGAUUUGAUUUCACACAGUCUUACCCACGCCCUCGAGGACAAGGGCGGCCACGAGGCGCAUCACGCGCAUGAGCACGAACGCGUGUCGCCGGGAAGCAUCGACCUAGCCGCGCUGUGCGCCAUCAUCGCCACUCUCGUGUCUGCAAUUCUGCUCAAGAAUCACGCUCGAGUAGGCAAAGUCAUGAGGCUCGGCGCGGUCUCCUCCCUCCCCUCCCUCCUCAGCAACCCCUCCCACUUCCUGACCCUCUCCUGCUCCGCUCUUCUUUUCAUCCUUCCCCUCCUCAGCAUCCAGAUGUACGUCUGGCUCGACCGCGCCCUCUCUUUCACCGUGGCCAUCUCCAUGGUCGCGCUGGGAUGGCGGCUCGGCUGGACGCUGGGCAAGAUGCUCAUGAUGUCGUACUCGGGACCUGGCGUCUCAGACGUCCUCUACGACAUCGAGACGGACCCCGCGGUGACGGCUGUGGAGGAGGCGAAGUUCUGGCAGGUCCAUUAUGGGCUCUGCCAGGCGAAUCUGAAGCUCCGGGCGAGGAGAUUGGAAGACAUGGGCAGGUUGAGGGAUCGAAUUGGGAGUCUGGUGCGGACUCGACUGGGUGGAGGCUACGGCAGUGGUGGGCAGAAGUGGGAGGUCUCGACCCAGAUCACCCUCGAGAAGGACUGAUAGAUGUCCUUGUACAUACACACAUACUGCAUUUGGCACUCAUCUAUGGCGUUCAAGCUCGAUUUGCCUGCACAAUGAUGUUACAUACUAUGGCUUUUCAAUAACAUCCUGUGCAGUAGCCUCACCCGGUAUUCAGUCAUGUCGAUGUGUUAGCUACGGGUAUUCAACUUCAGGGCACGCUCUGAGAUAGACUUGCUCAGAGCUAAGUUGUCAGAUGAAAUGGAGAUGCUAACAAAGAAGUCGAACUUCUGAGCAAUACUGGGCGUACGAUGGCUCAGGGGUUGCGUCGUCGCUAGUCACGUGCUCCCCGUUCUG